AUGGUUGCCACUACAACAAACUCCUACAGCCAUGAUGAGUUGCUGUCGCUCAAACCUACAGGUAAAACCACUGUGCCCCUUCACGUUCACACCAGACUAAAAGAGCUUGGAAUCGGUGUGCCAAGACCAACCAAAAGGGGCCGCAGAUCAUGGGCUAAACAACAGAAACCCAUCCCUGUACUGAGCCACCAAGACAUACCCUACGAGAUUCACCCUGAUUUUCAAGCGGGACAAAAAGGUGCAAAUCCCACCAACCUCACCAACAUUUCACCAUGCUUACCACCCACAAAACAACUUGUUCCCACUACAUUCGGUCUGUGGAAUGCUCGAUCGAUGAAACCCAAGAUCCCUAUCUUAUGUGAUUUAAUUAUAUCCAACCACAUCGAUAUUAUCGCCAUAACUGAAACAUGGCUGACUGGUGAUCAUCGGGAUCAUCGUGCUAUUGCAGAUCUUAUGGCAACACUUCCUGACUACCAAAUUCACCACAUACCUCGGAAAAACAGAAAUGGUGGUGGCGUCUGUGUGUAUCUUCGAAGCAGCUUCAAUGCCCAUAUGAACGAAGGUAGAACAUUUGAUUCAUUUGAACAUAUUGAUUUAUCAAUUAACGCUCGAUCCCAGACCCCCCUUCGGCUCAUCGUAAUCUAUAGACCUCAGAGACUAAUCGAUGGACGCAUGACUUCCCCUAUAUUUUUUCGUGAAUUCUCCACACUCCUGGAAUCUGUUGUGUCUGAGCCAGGACACAUCGUGGUUGCUGGUGACUUUAACUUCCACGUCGAUGAUCCAUCUAAUCGUGAAGCGGCAAUCUUCUGUGAUCUCAUUGACUCUGCUAAUCUCGAGCAGCAUGUGACUGGCCCCACUCACCGCGAGGGCCACACACUGGACCUCAUCUUGUCACGUUCAGCAGAUGACACAGUUUCACGUGUUGUCACCACUAAUUACCUGCCCUCCGAUCAUGCCGCUGUCAAAUGUUUACUGAACGUCAGUCGGCCCGAUCCGGUCAAAAGAGACAUCAAACUUCGAGAAAUUCGUAAGAUUGACAUAGAUGCCUUCCGCAAGGAUAUCCUGGCUUCACCACUGUAUACUGCCCCAGCCUCUGAUUUGAACCAGUUGGUUCAUCAGUACGAGAGUACUUUGAAAGAUCUCCUAAAUCAACACGCCCCCCUCAUCUCUCGUAACAUAUCAUGUCGCCCACACGCCCCGUGGUACAAUGAACACAUCCACAAAGCAAAACAAGAACUACGUAAACGUGAACGCAAGUGGAAAUCCUCUAAACUGGCAGUUCACAAACAACUUCUGAAUGAACAGAUCUACCGGUACAAUCGUAUGAUAACUCAAGCCAAAACCGAAUAUCACAGGACACAACUUGCCGACUGCGAUUCUCAACAACUGUUUCGCAAAGUCGACAAAUUAUGCACCCCGAAAUCUUCAAGAACCCUUCCGCCAGAGAAUGAACCAGAGUCACUAGUGGAUCGUUUCUCACAAUUCUUUUCCAAUAAGACCCAGACCAUCAUUGCCGAACUUGAUAACGCUUCAACAGUUGAGACAACAGUACCAGUGGCCGACUCGUGCGAGACAUCUUUCACUGGAUUUGACAUCCUUUCUGAUAGUUCUGUCAGAAAGUUGAUCACUGGGUCACCUUCAACAACAUGCAGGCUUGAUCCAAUUCCAACAUCGUUACUGAAGAAGUGUCUAAAUGAACUCACUCCCAUCAUCACAACAAUCAUCAAUCUCUCCCUUGAGAACGGCCAUUUUCCUGAUGCUUUCAAAUCUGCCCACGUCACCCCCCUGCUCAAGAAACCCAACAUGGAUCCGGAACCACUAAAAAACUACAGACCUAUCGCCAAUUUGAAAUUUCUCGCUAAGAUAACUGAACGCGCAGCUUCGUCUCAGGUCCAAGAUUAUCUUCUCGAGAACAGUCUUCACAGCAACAUGCAGUCUGCAUACAAGCGUCGUCAUAGUGUGGAGACGGCUCUUCUCCGAGUGAACAACGACUUGUUACUAGCUGCUGACAAGGGCCAAGAGGCGGUUCUUGUUCUACUGGACUACUCCGCAGCCUUUGACACCAUCAACCACGAGAUCAUGCUUCAUCGUCUUUGUCACAGGUAUGGCAUAUCCGGCCAUGCUAUCAACUGGUUCGAAUCUUACUUCAAACACCGUACUCAGUACAUUUCAAUUAAUGAUGACCUAUCUGACGCUUAUGUCCCUGAAGUCGGUGUCCCUCAAUGA